AAAUCACUAGAAUCGUGUGAUUUUGUUUGCUUAGUUAAAAUACAAAAAUAUUAAAAUACAAAUGUCUGCGGAGAAUAGCGAAAUUGUGCCGGACGCAUUGGAAGAGGCUGGAGCCUUAGAGGCAGAUGUAGGAGCGAGAUUCGAUCAACAACUAGCCGGGAUAGAUCCGAGAUUGAAGAUCGACAUGGAUCCGUUCGCUCAUCGUGAUCUUCGUCCAGAAAUGAUGUUCAUCCGAGAAGAGCUUCGCCAAGCCAAGUGGCAGACACUAGCUGUUCGACGCACCGCCCUAAAAAAGUUGCUCCUGAAAGAUUUCCUUCAGGAGGACUGCGAACUGAAGAAUAUUGGCCUGUCCUACGCACCGCUUGACCCUUGAAUAUAGCCAUUGUAUAUACAUAUAUAUCAAUAAAUAA